AUGCCCGUCGAGGCUCCCUCGCUACGCCGCGCACGCGACCAUCCUCGCUGGUCGUCGCUCGUCGCCAGCACCGCCUCCUCCUCUUCCUCGCUUCCAGCCGAACAACGGCAGCAACGGCGCCAGCACAUCGCCCAACGGCUGGGCCUGGCUCCAUCCCACACCGAGUCAUCUUCGCCGAGCGGCGCAGGGACGUCUGCACUGGGCCCGAACUACAGCGCACGCGAGGCGACGCUGCGCAACGACUAUGCGCAGCACUACGUCGACACGCAUUCGCUGCCUUCGAAUGCGGUGCGCAAUCCGUCCGCCUCUUCGCGCUUUGACGAGUAUCCCAAACUGAAGCGGCUGGUGGAGCUCAAAGAUGCGCUGGUCACGCGCGCUGCCCACCCACCCACUUUUCUGCGUACGGAUUUGCGUCCUUCGUUGCUGCCGUUUCGCGAUCCGCGCAGCACGGGCAAGUUUCACCUGGGCAGCCUGAUCCCCAUCAAGUACGACGUGGUGCUAAUCGAUGCGCCGCUCGAAGCGUAUGCGUGGGAAGCCAUGCCGACCGCAUCCACGUGGACCUGGGGCCAAAUCGCCGCUCUGCCAAUCCCCAAUCUCGCGGCCAAGGAGAGCUUUGUCUUUCUCUGGGUCGGCAGUGGCGCGGGCGAUGGGCUGGAACGCGGUCGUGAAGUUCUGGCAAAAUGGGGUUACCGCCGCUGCGAGGAUAUCGUGUGUAUCCAAACCAAUGCGGAAGGUGAGGAGGUGGGGUUGGGUGACUCGGUGUUGACUCGGUCGGUUCAGCACUGCUUGAUGGGAAUCAGGGGUACGGUAAGACGGUCGACGGAUGUGCGCUUUGUGCACUGCAACAUCGACACCGACGUUAUCCUGACUCCCGAACGGGAUAUGCAGUGUAAGCCCGAAGAACUGUAUCAGCUCAUCGAAAACUUCUGCCUCGGCACCCGGAGGUUGGAACUCUUUGGACGCAAUCGCAACCUGCGUCGCGGUUGGCUUACCGUUGGACUUGAACUUGGACCCGAUUGCCCACAAUGGCCUACGAACGGCGUAGUACCACUCCCAACACCCGGUCUUGGCGUGCUUCAACAAGAUGCCCAACAAGAUGCAUCGCUGUUAUCGCAUCUUGAGCAGCUCACAUAUGCUCAGGCCUAUGAUAAGGCGACGUACGAUGGGGCGUUUGGGGUGGAUCGACCGGGCUGUGAUUUGCGCGAUCGCAUCAACCUCGUACCCUUUGACGACGCAGUCGAAGCGCUACGGCCAAAAUCCCCCCCGCCACGCAUCCGCACUCGGGCACAAAGAGGCAUGCCCAACGGCCUUAGCAACAAUCCAGCCCUUCGAAACCCCCCGCCCUAUCCUACUGAUCCACCACCCCGAACACCACGAGGUGCUGGACUCUCAGGGCUAGGUGCAGGAGGUCGACGCACUGUCAGCGUCCCCAGCGGAAGCGACACCCUCAGCGGCCCCCAAGCAAGCGUCCUCAAAGCUAAAUCCCUCAAACCUUCCUAA